AUGAUUGAUAGUACUCCCGGGAUUUCGAACGUUUGCUUUAAGACUUCAAAGAUGUCAGAAGGAAACAAAAUGCUGCAUCCUGAAUUCGCUGUUCGUCCAUUAAUGUACACUGGUUUAGGUGAUGUAAUUGGUUCUACUGUAUGGUCAAGUGAACAAGCAUCAUCAUUGGCUGCAAUUCCAGGAUCUAAAGUGGCAGAUUCAACUAACUUUCCACAUCCGGUAGCUGAAUCUCUUGCAAAAUUUGGUAAAGCAGCUGAAAAAGCUAAUAGAAUGAGAGUUUUAGCUUCUGCUCAAGGUUUACAUGCACCAUUACGUUUAUCUAUGGAACAGCGUAUAAUGCAACGUAUUCAACCUCGUCUACCUGGUUUAUAUUCUUAUCAUCCUUUGGCUAGUCAGCUAAAUGGAAGUUUAGAUGAGAUUGAUGUAGCUGACUUUAUUAAUCCUGCGGAAGAUUCUGAAUCUGUUGGAAUGCCCCAAUUAAUGAUAGAGCAUAAACUUGGUAUUUUGUAA